AGUCCGACAGAAGCCAUGUGGGUGAUUGCGCUCCUUGCAUUCGGCGCUGUCGCCGCCGUGCCCUCCGAAAAGAAGAAGCUGAGCGACAAAGCGACGGCCCUGGCCGACCGCAGCACCAACCUGGCCUUCAGCCUCUACCAUGCGAUGGCCAAGGAUAAGAACACGGAGAACAUCCUCUUGUCUCCGGUGGUGGUGGCGUCCUCCCUUGGCCUGGUGUCCCUGGGGGGCAAGGCGGCCACGGCCUCCCAGGCCAAGGCCCUGCUCAGCGCCGACAAGCUGAACGACGACUACGUCCACAGCGGCCUGUCGGAGCUGCUGAGCCACGUGAGCAACUCCACGGCCCGCAACGUCACCUGGAAGAUCGGCAGCCGCCUCUACGGCCCCAGCUCCAUCACCUUCGCCGACGAUUUCGUGAAGAGCAGCAAGAAGCACUACAACUACGAGCACUCCAAGAUCAACUUCCGGGACAAGCGGAGCGCCGUCAAGUCCAUCAACGAGUGGGCGGCUCAGACCACCGACGGCAAGCUGCCCGAGGUCACCAAGGACGUGGACAAGACCGACGGGGCCUUGAUCGUCAACGCCAUGUUCUUCAAACCUCACUGGGACGAGAGAUUUCAUCACAAGAUGGUGGACAACCGGGGCUUUAUGGUCACCCGUUCUUUCACCGUGGGCGUUCCCAUGAUGCAUCGCACAGGCUUGUACCCCUAUUACAAUGACGAGGCGGAAAACCUCCAGAUUGUGGAGAUGCCCCUGGCCCACAAGCUGUCCAGCAUGAUCUUCAUCCUGCCAAACCACGUGGAGCCCCUGGAGCGCGUGGAGAAGAUGCUGACCAGGGAGCAGCUGAAGACCUGGGUGGGCAAGCUGAAGACGCGGUCGGUGGCCAUCUCCCUGCCCAAGGUCAGCCUGGAAGUCAGCCAUGACCUCCAUAAACACUUGGCUGAGCUCGGCUUAACCGAAGCCGUCGACAAGAACAAGGCUGACCUGUCCAAGAUUUCGGGCAAGAAGGAUCUCUACCUCGCCAAUGUUUUCCACGCGGCGGCCCUGGAGUGGGACACAGAGGGGAACCCCUACGAGGGCGACAUCUACGCGCGAGAAGAAAUGAAGAACCCCAAACUCUUCUACGCCGAUCACCCGUUCGUCUUCCUCAUCAAGGACAAUAAGACCAAUUCCAUCCUCUUCAUCGGCCGGCUAGUGAGACCCAAAGGGGACAAAAUGCGAGACGAAUUGUAGUGUGUGCAUGUGGCAAAAUU